ACCCAGCUUUACACACACACACACACACACACACACACACACUGACACCACAUUUCUACGAUAAUCUCACGAAAUAUCCAUUGCUCUGCGUCGCAUUUAUGUUUGGGCGUUUGUUUCGAGUGCGAGUGCAAAACUCGCAACAAGUGCAUUAAAGCCGACAAAAAAAAGGUGGGUUUUUUUUUUUCAAAAAGUAAAUUAAAGGACGCGGUACGAUUAUUUUAGUAGAUUUUUUAAAAAAAAACAACUUUUUUUUAACACACAAAACACACUCAUAAUCCAGGAAAAAGCAAACGAGCCGCUGCACAAUGGAUCUCCCACCAGUCAGAGGUUUAUCCGAUGUGCCGUGAGCGUCGGGAGCACCACGCCCCAGCCCCGGCCCGCAGCCCUGGUGCCACCCGGCCUGGCUCGCCAGGAUGGACCCUGCUCACUCCUUCAGGAUGGAGCUGGACGGCCUGGACCUCCAGCAGGUCCCGGUGCUGUCACUCGACCAGAUACGUGCCAUCCGGGCCAACAAUGACUAUGUGGACCGGCCCGUGGCACUGGAACCGGCGACGCAGUCCGGAUUUUUUUACGCUCACGAAGACCGCUACCCUCAUGGAGUAUUCACCCAUCACCCCGCGCCUUCCUUCCACUCCGCUCUCCCCCGAAGCCAAAGUCAGCAGCAGCACGCUCACCUGGCCCACCUGAGCCGCUCCAGCACCAUAAGCUCUUCCAUGUCUCGGACCAGUGCCACGUCAGACCAGCGGCUACUGGCGGGUCUGACGCCGUCCCACUCUGGGCUCGGAUCGGUGGUGCGGUCUCAACCCAAAGGAGAACUGAAGCCCGAUGCCUCCUUUGGCAAAGGCCUGACAGGUGAGGAGGCGGAGCUCGGCCCUCACCUGUUCAUCUGCGAGCGGUGCGGUCGCUGCAAGUGCCAAGAGUGCUGCGCCCCGCGCCGCCUGCCGUCCUGCUGGGCCUGCGGCGAGCGCUGCCUCUGCUCGGCCGAGAGCGCGGUGGAGUACGGCACGUGCCUGUGCUGCGUCAAAGGCCUGUUCUACCACUGCUCCGCCCAGGACGACGAGGACAACUGCGCCGACCGGCCGUGCUCCUGCGCUCCGGCCCACGCCUGCGCCCGCUGGGGCACGAUGGGGCUGCUGGCGCUCUGCUUGCCCUGCCUCUGCUGCUACCCCCCCGCCAGGCUGUGCCUUGCCCUGUGCCAGCGUGCCCACGACCGGGCCACGCGCCCCGGAUGCAGGUGCAGCAACACCAACACCGUGUGCCGCAAGAUCUCCGCCUCCAACCCCAACUCCGGUCACCCCUCGCUCCGCAGCAAAGCUCUGGAGAAGCCGUUAUGACAGGCUGGGACGGGUCGCCGGGUAACUCCGCCUCUCCUCAGCUGUGGCCAAAGCAACCAAUCGAGAGUGCUACGUGUGACGUCGUGACCGCGACGCCACCAUGAUACAUACAUAUGACAAACGCCAACUAACCAACCGAUCAUGAACGUGUUUGCUCACCUAACGUAACUUGAAUUUACCUGUUCUCCAGCUCAGGAGGGACCAAAGCUUUACUGUGCCUGUUCAUUUGUAGACGUCACGCUGAAACAACUCGUCGUGCUUCACUGAACUGCCCUGCAACCUUAACCCGUGACUUCCACACAGGAAAAAAACACAAAUCAACCCUCUUUGCAUCCUGUGACCGUCAGAUCUAUUUAUUUAACGUUGAGCCCUGCAAAGACGACGCAUCGAGACAAAUCAGGAAGACACUCGCGGUCACCGCUCCGCUCUAUGCCAAUGAAACACAUCUCCGUUUUUUUCCGUGAAAGAGAGUGAAUAAAAGAAGACGCUUUUGGAGAUAAACGUGACCGAGGCUGAAGACGGAAUGAAUGAAUGAAUGAAUGAAUGAAUGAAUGAAUGAAUGCGCGGCGAAUGUCUGCGCUCACGCGGCCCCCGAGGGAGGAAGCGGGAACAGAGACACUCGUGACACGAGAGGUCGUAAAAAAAAAAAAAGGGACCACGCACUGUCGAGACUGAGUGAACUUCACUGCGACUCAAGCUCAUUUGUAAAA